UUUUCCAGUCAGCCAUUCAUUCAAAUUCUCUCCGAGUGUAACGGCUGGAAACUGAAUUUCGGCGCAUUUUAUUUAAUUAUAGUUAGUGGAUUUAAAGGGUCCAUAAGCGUUCACGCCCUGCGUAAUCAGGCAUUCCAGUAGCGUUUCUCUGCCAAUUAUCCACAUUUCUGGUAUUUUACCAUGUCUCAGCAGAAUAUCAGCCUCCCAGCUAAACUCAUCAAUGGCGGUAUUGCUGGUAUUGUUGGUGUCACUUGCGUGUUCCCUGUUGAUCUGGCUAAGACUCGACUACAGAACCAGAGACAAGGUCACCAGGUCUACAAGAACAUGAUGGAUUGUCUUGUCAAAACGGUGCGCUCAGAGGGGUAUUUUGGUGUAUACAGAGGUGCUGCAGUGAAUCUUGCUCUUGUCACACCUGAAAAGGCCAUCAAGCUGGCAGCUAAUGACUACUUUCGUCACCACCUUGCCAAGAAUGGGAAGGGGUUGACAGUGUUUAAAGAAAUGUUAGCAGGCUGUGGUGCAGGAAUGUGCCAAGUCAUCAUUACCACUCCUAUGGAGAUGUUGAAAAUUCAGCUGCAAGAUGCUGGAAGACUAACUGCUCAGCAGAGAAUGCCUGGUAUUCUGGCUCACAACAAACUAGUGAAGACAAACGCUGUGCUGAGCCGCUCCUAUAAUGUUGUGCCAGGUUCUGCUGCCCAAACCAUCUCUGCAACGCAGAUAGCUAAAGAGCUGCUAUACACACAGGGCAUCCAAGGUCUCUACAAAGGGCUAGGAGCAACACUCAUGAGAGAUGUGCCCUUCUCCAUUGUCUACUUUCCUCUUUUCGCUAACAUUAACCGUUUGGGUAAGCGUUCUGAAGAUGACGUGGUGCCAUUCUAUUGGUCAUUCAUGGCUGGCUGUGUAGCUGGUUCGACUGCUGCUGUUGCAGUUAACCCAUGUGAUGUGGUAAAAACCAGGCUUCAGUCCUUGAAUAAAGGUGCUAAUGAAGAGACCUACAAUGGAGUUCUUGACUGUGUGAGCAAGGUCAUGAAGAAGGAAGGACCAUCUGCUUUCCUGAAGGGGGCAGGCUGCAGGGCGCUUGUGAUUGCCCCUCUCUUUGGCAUUGCUCAAGUUAUGUAUUUUGUUGGAGUUGGUGAAUUCAUUCUGAGCCAAAGAGCAUUUAACUUCCUUUCUCCUUAAGCAAAUUUCCUGAACUGGGGACAUGAGACAUGCGGUCAUGUCUGGCCUUACUGCACUUCCUGUCUGAUUUUGCUCACUCACUUAUGUGGCUGUGGCCAAUACUGUGCACUUGUUGGUAAGGGCUUUUUCCAGGAGGUGCAUCUGUGAAAUGGUGCUCUAGAUCGUUCGUUCUAGAAGGAUCUGUAAGCAUUUCCCCUCAGUGAGGGAGGAUGGUGUCGCUUUGGAGGCACAACUUUUUUUUUUUUUCCUGUCUUGUCAGUCAUGUAUUUGUGUGCUGGAUUACUUGACUUUGUUCUGAUGUUCACUAUAUUUAGCUACAACUGUGCUGUUACCCCCCCCCCCCAAAAAAAGUUUCUGAACUGUGAAUUUUUAUUACCUCCACCAAGGUUGUUUUCGGUAGCGUUUUGUUAGCAACAUUAUGGAAAAAGUUAUGAAUGGAUUGCUCUGAAAUUUUUUCCAGAGGUGUGACUGGGCACAAGUAACAAGCCAUUAAAUUUUGGCAGUGAUCCAGAUCACCUUCUGGAUCCCGUUUUUUUUUUUUUUUAGGGGUUCUUGGUGGAGGUCUGUGCUCUCGGAGUGCUUUUUCUAGUUUUUGAUGAAAUCAGUACUGUGAUUUUAUGGAGCAGUUGAAGCUCUCUUUUUUUUUUUUUUUUUUUUUCCCCCCCACCCCCUCUUGUUUUAUAGAAGAUCCAUGCUAUGGUGUUAACUGCCCAUGAUGGUUAACUGUACUUGAAGCAAACCAUGUUAUUUCUGUUAUUCUUAAUCACUGCCAUGACCUAAAAUGUGUAAAUCCAUCCAUUCCCCCCCCCCCCCCCCCAAAAAAAAGAGCACACUGCCUCCCACAUUUUAAUAACUUUUUUUAAUUUUUUUUUUAUUUGGUAAUCAGCAUAAACCAUGACUUUUCAGUGAAACAUCAAGACUGCAGUAAUUUCAAGUGUUUAGUUCAUUUUGUACUAUAUUUGCAAACUAUUUAAAAUAAAUUUGAACAUGUUACUACAAAA